AUUUUCUCUGCCCUUUUAGGGUGUGUUUUUCUCUUGAGGACUCAAUUAUCGAACCCACAAGCCAAAUCUAGAGAGAGAAAGUUAGAGAGAGAAAGCUAGAGAAUAAAAAAGAAAAAAAAAACAAACAACAAAACCCUCUUCUUCUUCGAAAGAUCUGUUAAGAAAAAAAAACCCAUUUUUUUCAUAUUUAGAUACAAAGCCAACGCAACAGGUAGCUUGCUACAUGGAUUCUGUAUCAUCAUAAUAAUAAUCUUAAUAAUAAUUUUGAUAAUUUUAAUAAAAAUAUUAAUAGUAAUAAUAAUAGAUCUCACCAAUCUCUUUUACACAUUGUCUUUCUCAUCUUACUUUAAGAUUUUCAUUCCAACUUUUUCUAAAAAAUUUCUGUUUUUUUAAGCUCACCCUCAAAUUUUUCUUCUUUUUUCCACCGAAUUCUUGGGUUUUGUAGCUCUUGCAAAAUUGGGAUUAGGGUUUCUUUUUAUUUUCUGAAGUGUGUGGUUGCUGGUUAUAAAGUGGUAAGCUUUUUUUGGUUUUAGGGUUUGAUCAGAUCCUCCUCAAGAAUCAACCCUAAUUCUGAAUUUUUGUGGGGAUAUUGGGGUUAUGAUUGGAAAUCUGUACAUAGUGUGAUUUCAAGAUUGGAUUUUUAUAAGUAAAGUUGAGAUUUUGGGAUCAGUAGCUGGGGUUCUGAUUCUGCACAUUUAGCUAGUGGAGAGGUCUGUGAUUAUGGAUGUUUUGGGUUUGAGUUUUGAUUCAUAUGGUUUAAGAGAAUUCAAUUUUUGCUUAUGACCAGGUUCUGAUUUCUCUGUUGCCCUAGUGAUGAACUCAAACUGUCUGGAGCUUCAGCAUUUCAAAAAAGUCUUCAGCUGGACAUAGAUUGGUUUCAACACAUUUGGUUGUUAUUGUUGUUCAUUACUGCAGAAUUUAGCAUUUAAAAGCUUUAUCUGAGACCCUCUUUCCCAAGUCAAACUCUAAUUGAGAAUUGAGGUUCUGUGAAUAAGAGUUUAGUUUUGAAGUUUUGUGGCUGGCUGCAGUUGUUUUUGGAGGAGUAUGGAGUGAGUCUCAAGCAGGACAUGACUGCAAGGACAUUGUGCAUGGACAAGAGCAUGUUGUUGGGUCUGUUCCUGUGUUGGAACAACAGCUUAGGGAUCUAAGAGAAGCAUUUUGCUUUGUGCAGACAUACCACUUUCCUAGUUUCUGGAGCAAGUGAAAUGUCUCGCUGCUUUCCUUUUCCACCUCCAGGAUAUGAAAAGAAGGCCAGGGUUGAUGAUACAGACUUACUAAAAAAGGAGAAACACAAGGAGAAAAAGCACGGUAAAGAUAAGAAAGACAAUGAAAAGAGAGAGGGUAAAGAGAAAAGAGAUAAAGAUAGAAGUAAAGACAAACAUAGAGAGAAGAAAGACCGAAAGGAGAAGCACAAAGACAAGGAUAGAGAUAAGGAUAAGGAUAAAAACCAUUCUUCAGAAGAGAAGAAAUUUGAAGGGCAAUCAGGGUACUACAAUGGAGAAAAGUGUGGGUCAGUCAACCUACAGAAUAGAGAGACCGGAGAUUCGGUACAUGUGGAGGAAUUGGCUAGAAGAAUCAGAAAUGAAGAUAGAGCAUCAGGAAGUCAAAUGUUUCCAAAAGUUGUUGCUACAGAUAAAAGAAGAGUUGAUGUACGGGAAAUGGUGGUGGAGGGAGAUCAAAGAAAAGGUCUGGUGCUGGAAAGAGAUCAAAGAAAAGGCGAGGUACGAGGAAUGUUGGUGGAAAGAGAUCAAGGAAAAGGGGAGGUACGGGGAAUGGUGGUGGAGAGAGAACAAGAAAAAGGCGACGUACGGGGAAUGGUGAUGGAGAGAGAUCAAGGAAAAUGGGAGGUACGGGGAAUGGUGGUGGAGAGAAGUAUCAAUAAUCAUUUCCAGGAAAAAGAGAAAGCAAGCAGUAAGAAUUUGGUGGCAGCAGAGAGAAUUGUCAGUAAUCACUCCCAGGAAAAAGACAGUCUUAAGAAUAAGACAACACUGGUGGUGGGGAGAAGUUUCAGUAACUUUGAAGAGCAUAGGAAAGUCAACGGGCAAAGAAAUCAUGUCAACGCAACUGGUCUUGAAAAACCAUUUGGUCAAAAUUCCUUUGGAAUGGAUCAAGAGAGAGUUGAAGGAAUUGUCAAAUUGGUGGAGAAGAAAGAUGCUGAGAAGCAGAUGGAGGGGAAAGUGAAGAAUGGGCAGAAGGAGUAUGAUAGUAAGGGUGACAAGCACAAAACUAAAGACCGAGAAAAGAGUAGAAAAUCUAAGCAUAAAGACCGGUCUAAGGAAGAGAAAAAGGAGAAGACAAAGGAGAUAAAAGAACCAAGUAAGGAGCAGCCUAUAUUGAAAGAAAAUUCCUCUAAACUGAAAGAGAGUAGAAAGGACCCACUAGAUUUCCGGAAUAACAUAUCACCAGGGGCAUUAAAAUUAAGCAGUGUAAGUCCUGCUGCCGAGGCAAUUCUGGGGAAACGGAAGGAGCCUGAGAGAAAUGGACAUUUACUUGAUGCUGAGAUUCGGCCUAGUAAGUUUCCAAGACCUGCGUCUUCCUCUCCCUUGGUGGUAGAAAAUGGAAAGAAAUUAGAAAUGUGCCAAACUGCUGUUCGAUUUGUAUCUGAGAAACAAGGGCUAGGCAAUAGUCACGGAGUGGAUAUUAAGGAACAAAAGAUCAAUGGUUUUAUAAAACCACAACAGAAAAUUAAUGGCUUGAUUACGGCAGGGCAGAAGAUUAAUGGUUUGAUAGCCGAACGAUCUCAUAUAUCUUCAACAAAGUCGUCAGCUGUUGGCGUUCCAGCUGGUGAGAAUGGUGAAGCAGUUCCGAAACCACCACACCCUGACAUGAAGUACCUUAGUCGGAUACUUUCUAUACCAAAGAUGGAGGAAUGUCUUGAUGUGGAUGACCAAGAAUGGCUGCUCAGCUGUAAUCAUCCGCGGUCAACAAUACCCAGCAGGGGUUCUCCCGGGAUUGAUGGAGCACAGCAAGUAUGGGCAGAAACACUACGGAUAGAAUCUGCCGAUAUUUCAGCGCUUCCAUAUGUGAUUCCUUACUGAUUUGACACCGAAUUAAUUCCCUUUAUAUCUAGAGAAUUCCCAGGUGGUCAGCCGGCAUCUAGGUACCGAGAUUAUCAGUCUAUUCUUUGAUUGUUUGCUCCGAUUCAUUUGUUAAGUUAUUGAAAGGAUUAGUUCUGAAUUCCGGUCUCUGUUGGCUUGGCCGCCACUAGUAAGUACUGAUGGAUUCCCUAUCCUGUGAAGUGAUAGAGUUUCGGAAUGGGAUAAGUCGGCAUGAAGUGAUAUUUUUGGUAUAUUUUGUUUCAGGAAACUUUUGGUGACUAAAAUGUACUUAACUAGGACAGGCCUCAUGACAAGAAACAGUCCUCAGGCGAGCAAAAGACGACGAUUGAUUGAUUAAACGGAAAGGGGUGAGAGUAGUGGUGAUUGUUGGUAGGUUUAGAGAUUAAAAGAUUAUAGGCAUAUGAUGAGCGUUAUAGUUUCUGUGAUCUGUGUUGUUUAGACGCACACAAUUUUGGCUUGUAUUAUGAAGGAUGAUAAUGAUGAUGAUGAUGAUGGUAUACGUAAAUCUGUAAAUUAGACAUUACCAUAUAAUAAUUUUAAGUUAUUUCUUAUUCA